AUGAAGUUUUCUACCAUUUUGGCGUCGACUUUGUCGCUUGCUACAUUUGUCACAGCACAACCUAUUGCACCGGUAUCUGAGCAAUUGACUGUUAAACUCGAAACCAGAGAAAUGGGUGAAAGUAUCAUUGAAGCUUACCAAUUGGAACAAAGAGACAUUUCUGAUAUUAUAAGCAGUCUUUAUUCGAGUAUCAACUUUACUGCCAUCAUUGAUGAUAUUGAUUUUGACGGAAUUGCUGAAUGGAUUAACGGAUUGUUGACUGAAAACAACAACAUUCAAUACUUGGAAAACCUUUUAAACUUUGUUGGUCGUACCAAUUUGGUUCCUGUUCUUAUUGGCUUUAUCGUAUCAAAUAACGCAACCAGACUGAUUGCUUACCAAGCUGUGGUUAGUGCUGUUAACAGCGGUAUUGACCCAGAACCUUUGUUUGUCGCAUUGAAAGAUUCAGGUUUAUUGUAUACUAUUAUUGCCGACUUGGUUGAAAAUGAAAACACCUUGCCACUUGUCUUUAGAGUUAUCACACAGACUCUCAGUGGAAUUGACUUUGGUGAGCUCAUUAGCCAAUUUUUGGCCGGCGGAAGCGCAACUGUUACUUUACAAACGAACUCAAACGGAGGAAGCAACACUGGAGCUCAAGCAGUUCCAACUUUGGUCAUUUCCAAUCCACUUGGAGGUAGCGGUGACUCAGGAAGCGCCACACCUGCAAACACUCAAGCUACUGGAGGCAACACCCAAGCCUCAAGCUACAGCUCUGUUGAUGUAAACUCUAUCAACCAAUUGAUUUCCGAUGCUGCUGCUGAAAACACCAACUCCGGUAAUGCUGGUGGAAACACUAAUAUUGCCACUAGUCUCACAAGAACUACCAGCCAGGGUCAAAAUCAAGGUCAAAACCAAGGUCAAGGUCAAGCCACCUCAUAUGAUUUGGCAACUUUGACUGGCCCAGCAUUCCAAUCAGUUCCAACUUCUCAAAUCGGACAAGGCCCAACUUCUGUCAACUAUGCCUCCCUCACAGCAGUUGCUUCGGCUCUUGGUGGUUCUGCUAAAAAGAGAGAUGCCUUGGACGAAGUUUUGGAAAUUGUUGCACAAAAGAGAGCAGAAGAGUAUGACGAAGCUGUAAUUGAAAGUGAGAUGGCAAAGAGAGACGGUGUUCAAGAUUUGUUGACUACUAUUUUCACCGCCAUCGCUGAAUCAAAUUUGAUCAAUGAAACCAUCAACUACUUGCUUACUGAUAGUCAAUUCGAAGGAUCAGUUGUUUUGAUUAUUAGAGAUGUCUUGGCCAGUCUUACACCAGCUACAUUUGAAUUUAACACUGAUAAUCCAUUGAUCGCUGCUAUUCAAAACUCAGGUUUGAUCCCGGACCUUAUCUCCAGAGCUCUCAAUGACGAUGACUUGAAAGCUUCUCUUCUUAGAGAUGUUCGUCAAGUUAUUAGUCAAAUCAGUUCUUACUUGGGUAUCUCCAAAAGAGAAGUAUAUGACAAGCUUUAUGCUAGAGACGAGGAGGUAACUUCAAGUUUCAUCAGUAUCGUUUCGCAAUCCACCAUCAAUUCUAAUGCUUCAUCGGUUGCUACUAUUGAUGCCGCUAACGCUGGAUCUCCUGCAUCAUUAAACUUGGUCAGUGUUGCUCUUGCUGCAAUUGGUUUGUCAGCGUUUGUUUUAUAA